AUGGCAUCAACUGUGCCCAACGAACAACUUCCAUCGUGUGUACGGUGCAAAGAUUUUAUUACCACGGGACACGCGUAUGAGCUGGGUUGUGAUAGAUGGCACACGCACUGUUUUUCAUGUUAUAAAUGUGAGAAACCAUUAAGUUGUGAAUCUGAUUUUUUGGUUCUAGGAACUGGAGCCUUGAUCUGUUUUGAUUGUUCCGACUCCUGUAAAAGUUGUGGUAAAAAGAUUGACGAUCUGGCCAUUAUACUAUCUUCUUCAAAUGAAGCUUAUUGUUCAGAUUGUUUCAAAUGUUGUAAGUGUGGUGAAAAUAUUGCUGAUUUGAGAUAUGCGAAAACUAAGCGAGGCUUAUUCUGUUUAAAUUGCCACGAGAAGUUAUUGGCUAAAAGAAAGUAUUAUGAAGAGAAAAAAAGACGACUGAAAAAAAAUUUACCCAGUCUACCUACUCCUGUAGUUGAUAGCGAGCCCAUUGAUAUCACAUCAGUUACGGAAGCAGUGCUGGAAAGGUCAUCCAGUAGACCUGCCUCUUCAGUUCAGAUAUGUUUAGGAUCUGAAUCUCUCAAGGAUACAAAAACUAAUUCGAGUGAUAUCAUUCCACAUUUUAUCACAGGCUAUGAUGAUAGCGACGAUAAUUCAGGGAGUUCAAAAUUCGGUUCCAACGUUUCUAUAGACAUCAUAGGGCCAGAAGAAGGUACUACGGAGCACACAAAAGAUGACGAAGACGAAGAAUUGAAGGUACACUCUACAAAUACGCCGCUUGAUGUACCAUUGGACUCUAUUCCAGGUAGUAGAGUUUUUCUGGACAAUAAGGAACCCCCGAGCCGUUCAAAGAGUUUGUUAAACAAAACACCAUUGAGAAAUUCAUCCGGUCAGUACGUUGCAAAAUCCCCAAGCUCUUACAGGCAGGGUAUAAUAGUUAAUAAUAGCUUUGAAGAGAAUAGCCAACUUGACGCUCCAAACGACGGUUCUCGAAGCGCAAGCGAAAUGUUAAACUCGGUAUUGCACAGUCCAGUUUCUGUUAAUAUGAAAUCUUCGAAGGGGCAAGAUUUUGGUCUUUCCAAUACCGGUUCAAUGUCCCAUAUCUCUCCGUCACUGUCAAUGAGCGGAUUGAAUUACAUUAUCGAAGAAACAGACCAUCUUCGAGCACCUGCUGUUGAAGUUGUAAAAAGUAGCAAAAUUGUCAGUGAUUCAGCUGCUGCUCAGCAGGGGCAGCAAGAGAGUUCUUUCUCCUCAAGCAAUAUUGGGAAAAGCAAAAAAAUUUCAAGAUCAUUGUCACGAAGAUCUAAAGAUUUGAUGACUAAUUUAAAGUCAAAGGCUACAAUCAAACAGGAUAGUAGCGCUAAGCUUUCACCAGCUUCGAAACUGGCGUCGAGAGGGUCACAAGAUUUAGUUAAAGAUUUUGAUUCACAUCCUGGUUUGGGCACACCAAGUUCCAACAGUAAUUCUCUAGACAUUCCAAUAAAGGGCCAGAAAAGCCUGAAUUUCAAACAGUUUACAGAUAAUUGUGUUUCCAGUAUUAGCAAUGAGAAGCAGCGGGGAAUUGACGAGCUAGCUGAUUUUGUCAUAAAAUCACCAUCACCAAUCGGUCAUCAAUUACAAUCUCCUUCUACACCAAGUAAUGUAUCCAUGUAUCGGACUCCACCUCUGGAUAAUUCACUGAAAUUUGAUAGGAUGAACGGAUCUUCAUAUAGUCAACAAAAUCAUAGUUUACCCAGUUGGCAAAAUACUCCAAAGACUCAAUUGGAGAGUAGCAAUCAUGUCGAGGAACGAAAGGAGACUACUUAUGAAAAUGGUAAAUUCAAAAAUAAGUCGUCCCUUGAUAAAGAAAUUUCUACUGCUGAGUUACACCUGAAAAAAUUGAAGAUAAAUUUGAAGGAACUUAAAUCUCAAAGAGAGGAGUUAGAAAAAGAGAUCGAUGAAAUGAAUUUCACAAAAGAAACGCUACGCCAGCAUAUUGAGACUUAUAGCAUUGAAAAAAAUAAACUAUACCUCGGCUCAAAAGAUUUUUCAGGCAAUUCUCUCACAAUGAGGGAUGCCAAUUUGGACGAGUCACCGCCUGUCAAGCACGUUGCCACCACAACUUCUGUAGCCAGAAGUUCUGUUAAGCCAAAAUUUUGGAAGUUCUUUUCCUCUACUAAGCCACAAACCGAGCAAUCCAUACAAGGCUCAAGUGCAGGUAAUAUAAACUCCAUCGUGAAAAGCGCACCAGUUUUGCAUUCAGUUCCUUUGACUACCAGUAACUCUGGUCGAGUAGAAAUUUCCCCACCUGUAUUACAAAAUCCUAAUGAAUUUAGUGAUGUAAAAUUGGUUCCCAUUGAAAGUGACGGGAAUAUGGGGCAAAGUAAAGAUACCGACGAUUAUUCGGAUGGAAUUAACUUGUACGGUUCUAGUUUGGUUGCCAGGUGUAACUAUGAAGGUAAUGAAAUACCGUUGAUUCUGUCUGUGUGCAUAGAUUUUAUUGAAUCAGACGAGGAAAAUAUGAGAUCGGAGGGUAUAUAUAGAAAGUCAGGUUCCCAGCUAGUCAUUGAAGAGAUAGAGCGACAAAUUUCUACGUGGCAAGGACAGCAAAAUUCAGAAAUUCCAGAUAUUCUAACACAUCAAGAUCUGAAUGCCGUCACUGGUGUUUUAAAGAGAUACUUGAGAAAGCUUCCUAAUCCGGUCUUCACGUUUCAGGUUUAUGAACCUCUGAUGAAUCUGGUAAAGUCAAAAAAGAUGAUGGAAGCUUUACCAUUUGUGGGAGGAAAACUGUCUUUCGAAGCAAGGAGCUCGGAUAUUUAUGUGUCAAGUAAGAGCGCUCUGGGGAACAUAUUAGAAUGCUUGCCAAAGGAACAUUAUAGGGUGUUGAGGGUUUUGAGUGAGCAUAUAGAAAAGGUUACAAAAUACAGCAGUUGGAAUCGCAUGACACUUUAUAAUUUGGCCCUAGUUUUUGCUCCGGGUUUAAUUCGCGAUUUUAGUGGGGAAAAGGAUAUUAUCGAUAUGAAAGAGAGAAAUUAUAUCGUGGCCUUUAUUUUUGGGAACUAUAAAGAUGUUCUGACGUGGCCCUCAGCCACGCGUUGA